UUAUAGUAGCUUUGGGUAGCCUAGUCUAGGCCUUCCGAUUGGGUCAAAGCAAAGUAAAGAAAUAGCCAAUGAAAAGGUAGAUCUGCGACUAUCAUUUACAUUCGCAAUCGUGACGACACAGUAAAAUUAAUCCAAUCAUGAGCGAAAUUUUACUAACCUUAUUUGAAUACCGCAUCUAUAAAUAAAUGUGGCCUCGCUGGGGGUGAUUAUUUUCCCAGGUGUUAGCGAUAGUGUUGUAACUUUUAACGCUACAAUGCCUGAACCUACUAAGUCGGCUCCAGCCCCGAAGAAGGGCUCCAAGAAAGCGGUGACCAAGGCGCAGAAGAAGGACGGCAAGAAGCGCAAGCGCAGCCGCAAGGAGAGCUACUCGGUCUACGUGUACAAGGUGCUGAAGCAGGUCCACCCCGACACCGGCAUCUCGUCCAAGGCCAUGGGCAUCAUGAACUCGUUCGUCAACGACAUCUUCGAGCGCAUCGCGGGCGAGGCGUCGCGCCUGGCGCAUUACAACAAGCGCUCGACCAUCACCUCCAGGGAGAUCCAGACGGCCGUGCGCCUGCUGCUGCCCGGGGAGCUGGCCAAGCACGCUGUGUCGGAGGGCACCAAGGCCGUCACCAAGUACACCAGCUCCAAGUAAACUUGCCAAGUCUCCAAGUUGAUCCUGAUGUUGCUCCGGGACUUGGCGAUGACCGCUCACCCAGAGCACAUAAGCGCAUGCUCUGACAACUUUGUUCUGCUCAGUUUCUUUUCUUUUCAUUUUUUGUUUUCUUUCUUACCGUAUACAUAUGUAUUACUGAAAAGAGGCUGAAGACAAUGUGAGUUUUCACGGAAAUAUUACCGAGGUCUUUUGGUUUGCUUGCUUUGCAAUUGGUCUAAUUUUUGCUUAAGGCUUUGAACGGCGAGUGGGGGAGGUAGAGGAGCAGCCUAUACUGUGCCCAGCAGGCACCGAGGGAGAGGAAAGGGAAGCAGCUUUUUGAGACACCUUCAAAUUUUGUCAGUUACUACACCUUUUCCCCAGACAGUCCUAUUUAAUUUACAGUCUUUCUCCAGCGUUCAGCUGUAAAGGUCUCUGGGUCACAAGAGAGAAACCUAAUACUCAGUCGGUUAAGGUGUCUGACUAGAUAGACCAAUAGUUAUCUCGGCACUGAGGGCCCCUUUUCAGUACCCUAUACCCUUUCCCAGAUGCCCCCGAAUGUCAAGGAUGGAGAGGAGGUAGAAAGGGAAGGAAAGCCCCUUCGAGCAGGAUGUGGCUUCUGCUGCACAAGGUAGGAUGGCUUUAAGGGUUUUCGGGGUAUGGAUUAUUGUGGGGAAAAUAAAUCUCGGGGAAAAAAAAGCUGGGAGCUGGGAAGGAGUUGGCCAGGAGGAAAGGAAUCCACGGUUAAGAGUUCGCCAAGAAAAUUGCAAGGUGGAUGAGGCUGGGCUGGGAAUGAAGUGUGGCUUAGAUGGAGAAUUUAGGUGGAGGGUGUUGGGUGAGGGAGGAAUGAAUUUAGAAAUUCUCACGUCCAUGAUUUCCCAAACAAACAUGGAUUCAUAGAUUAUGGGGAUAGAUUUUCCAUAAUGUGGCAAGCUGACUACCUGGAUGGACAAUUAAGAUCCAGAAUAGUAUUUUUUAAAGUUUUAAAAGCAAGGGAGCCAUUAAGAAAGUAAGCAACUCUCAGGCCCAGGGCCUUGGCCCAUGUGAAACCCCAGGAACCACAGCUGGCUCUCACUCAGACCUGAGCUUUGCAUUUUAGGGUGUUUGAUUUUUAGGGUAUGUGAAGCCUGUCCAUGGUAGGGAGCCUGAGAAGAAAUUUUUCCUUGUGAAGCUGAGACACCAGGCAAAAAGCUCUAUCUUCAGAGUAAAAGAAUGAACUAGAAAUAGACAGACAUACACACACACGCUCAUCACAGAUGAUUGCAAAGAGUCUGCCCUGAACUUCUGCUGAGCAGGGUAGAUUCCGAUACUGAGAAUUUGUACCGCAGGCCAGCCUUCACACUUACUUGGGUCUGACAUUAGUACCACAGAGAUUCAAACACCCAGGCUGAGAAUCUAAUUUAGGGAUAUCCCAAGCUGAUUUUGUGCCCCUGAGCACCUGGUGAAAGCAAAUACAAAUCCUGUCUGGAGGCAUAAGCUUCAUUUUAGGUCUCAAGAAAUCCCCACUGAUGAAAUGUGAAAGAAAAUUAAUGAGCAAUUCACAGCCAAACUUAACCAAACAUACUGUGAAACAAGACGUUAUGACCAAGAAUAACAAAAGUAACAGAAAACAGAAACAAAAGGACUAAAAAGAGGCAAUUAGCAGAUACAGACUUCAAGUGGCUAACUUUUAAUAUCUUAAAAAAUAUAUAUAUUUGAAAUAUCUUGUGGGGCUAAGAAUCUAAAGAAGGACCACACAGACUUGAUAAAAGAGCCAAAUAGAAAUUCUAGAAAAACAUGUGUGUGUAUAUACAAUUAAUUAUAACAAUUAAAUUUAAAAGCUUCCUGGAUGGCUUUACUAGCCAAUUGGGCCAAGCUGAACAAUUUUAAUGAAUGACAUGCCUAGAUCUUAAGGAAUUAUCCAAAAUGCAGAUAGAAGAUGUACAAGUGAGUUUAAGAGAUCCAGAACUAGUAGUAAAAUCGUCGAUCUGACAUACCUCUGAUGGUAGGACCCAAAGGACAACCAGAGAGAAUGAUGCAGAAUUGAGAUUUAAAAGAUCAUGGCUGAGAACGUUUUAGAAUUGAUGGAUUACUCAAGUAAUUAAAAAUAAAUUCAAUAGAAUGAAAAAUGAUGCAACAAAAACGGGGGUUGCCGGGUGACACUGAACCAAGCCCUAUAAAGUCUUAGAAAAAUUAGAUGCUGAUUUUCAUAAGGUCAUGCCUUCUAAUCUGUAUUGACAGAUGGCAUCAGACUGAAGCACUGUUUGAAAUUCUGUGGAGGAGGAGGCGAAUUGAGUAACUCAUUAUUUACAUGCAUUUUGUAUCUAGCUAACUGCCAGAUUCUGUUAACUCUAAUCAAUAUUUAAUGGCUGUCUUGAUUUUCAUUGCAUGUAAUACUAUAAUUAGCAAAUAAAAAUGUUGGACAUUCCUUCCAAUAACUAUUUCUUUUAAUUGCUUUUAUCAUGUUACUGUGUUAAAAUCACAAACUGCCAUGUUAGACAUGCUAGCAGGCAUCACCAUCUUUUUCCUCCUUUUCCUGGACAUGGCUUUGUAGUUCGUGAUUGAUAAAUAAUACUUGCUUGUGUGUGUGCGUAUGGGGAUUAGUUUUUAUUGUGUUGAUAUAGUUUCCUUCUAAUUCUCUUUUAAGAGUUUUUAUUAGGAAUGAUUUCUGAAUUUGUGGCAGCUGAUGAAAUCAUGUGCUUUUUCUCCUUUAACCUGUUCCGUGAAGCACAGGGAGAUUUCCUAAUGUUGCGCCAUACUUGCAUUCCUAGGCCAAAUCUUAUUUGAUCAGGUUGUAUUAUUAUUGUAAAUAAUGGAUGGCUAAAUUUAAACAUUAUACCUGGAUUUUUUUCCAUCUCUAUUCAUACAUAAAAUAAUUCCAUGAUUUUCCCCCUUUGGGUUUACCUUUAUCAGAUUUUGCCAUUAAGAUUGCAAUAGCUUCAAAAA